GGGACCUUCCGGCCGCGGAAGGGGGGCGUGGUGGCGCGGCCCACUACCCAGCGGCGGGCACUGGGCAGGCUCCUUAUAAGAUUUCGCCUGCUGGCUGCUGCCGCCGCCAACGGAGAGAGAUCGCGGGCAGGCACGUGGCUUCGGGCAGCGGAGUUAUCCUCGGGCAUCAUCAUCAUCAUCAUCACUCUCACCCUCAUCAUGUCCCUUCGCAGCAACUUCGCUCGGCUCCUCAAGAAGCAAGCGGGCUCCUCCUCGCUCAAGGUCCCGAAGAGACCGGCACACUCGGUGGCCGUCGUCGGAGCCCCUUUCUCCAGGGGGCAGAAAAAAGGAGGGGUGGAUCACGGUCCUGCAGCCAUAAGAAAUGCGGGACUGGCAGCAAAACUCUCCGGCUUGGGCUGCCAGCUAUGUGAUCUUGGAGAUCUAAAUUUCCCUCAGGUGCCCAAUGAUGAGCUUUACAACAAGCUAGUCCGAUAUCCUCGCACUGUAGGAUUAGCUUGUCAAGUUCUGGCUGAUACUGUGAAUGGAGCUGUGGCUAGUGGGCAUAACUGUGUAACCAUUGGAGGUGAUCACAGUUUAGCAGUUGGUUCCAUCAGUGGCCAUGCAAGGCACUACCCACAUUUGUGUGUGAUCUGGGUGGAUGCACAUGCUGAUGUUAACACUCCACUCACAACAUCAUCUGGAAACCUCCACGGACAACCAGUUUCAUUUCUCUUAAGAGAACUUCAAGAUAAGGUGCCAGUGCUUCCUGGAUUUUCCUGGCUAAAGCCCUGCCUCUCACGAUCUGAUAUUGUAUAUAUUGGCCUUAGGGAUGUGGAUCCUGCUGAACACUACAUUUUGAAGAACUAUGAUAUCCAAUAUUUUUCAAUGCGGGAUAUUGAUCGGUUGGGAAUCCAUAAAGUGAUGGAAAGAACAUUUGAGCACCUUUUGGGCAGAGUACAGAGACCAAUCCAUCUGAGCUUUGACAUUGAUGCCUUUGACCCAACACUGGCUCCAGCAACAGGGACUCCUGUGCGGGGUGGCUUAACAUAUCGUGAAGGCAUGUACAUUUCAGAAGAAAUACACAACACAGGCCUGCUUUCAGCAGUGGACCUUGUAGAAGUAAACCCAUUGCUUGCAGCUUCACAGCAAGAAGUGAAUGCAACAGCCCAUCUUGCAGUAGAUGUGAUUGCAACAUGCUUUGGGCAGACAAGAGAAGGAGCACACUUGGUUUUUGAUGAACUCCCAACACCCAGUUCACCAGAUGAAUCUGACAGUGAAGAGCAAAUACGGAUGUAGAAUCUCCAAGUGUUGGCAGGUGCUUCACAACAGGCAUUAUACAGCACUGCUGAUUUACUCAAGUGCACAGGCAUCCCACACUCUGGAGUGUUCACCAGUUUGAAAGACUAGUUACUUUUUCCAUUGCGUGACCAAACUGCUGUACUACAGGUUAAACACACCAGCUUUGACAAAUGUUUUAUUCCUCUGCAAUUAUACAAUCUUACCAAACAGCA